CUUGACUUUUGCUUCUAUGUUCGUCUGUGGGGUUUCUUGUGUUUCAGGUUGUAAGUCCACAAGCCUUUGACAAGGUGUCUAGACAAGAUGGAAUCACCAUCACUGCCUAGACGGUCAUCCCGCACGACAGCCUCUCAGGACAAACAAGCUCGACAAGAACUACAAGGUGAUGUCAACAUGGACCUGGAGAGGGCAAACCGCGUCGAGCAGGCUAAUGUCCCUGAGGGGGACGGCGUUGGUGUUGGUGUUGGCGUUGGUGUCCGAGGCAGAGUAUCAGCAGCAACAACAAAAAGAGCAAAGAGGCAACAAGAUGGUGAUGACGAUGACGAUGAAGGAGCUGACAAUGACGGUGAUGACGGUGAUGAUGACGACGACGACGACGAAGACGACGAAGACGAAGAAAAGGGAGAUUUACCAAUGAGUAUGACUGCCAGUGUGAUAUUGACAAAUCUACCAAAAGAUGCCAGUGAGGCUUUGAAGGAGGUUGAGGAAUUGGAUGACAAAAAGAUAUCAAUUCGAUUUCAACCGUUGGGUUCGGCACCGAUAUUGAAACAACGAGUGUUCAAAAUCAGCGCAUCCUCAAAAUUCAGUGUCGUCUUGAACUUUUUGAGGAAAAAGAUCGGCGCGAAACCUGGAGAUGGAUUGUUCCUGUACGUCAACAGCGUCUUCGCUCCGGGUUUGGACGAGAGUGUAGGGAACUUGUUUCGGUGUUUCAAAACAGACGAUCAGUUGAUUGUUAGCUAUUCUACCACGCCCGCUUUUGGAUGACGAGUCAGAAAUUCUGAGAGUACGGUACGUCAAACGCAACGAACAAUAAAUUAAGUCGUACGCUAUGAAAAUCCACGGGAAUCUUUUCUUCAUCGCCAGAAACUCCCCCUAAGGUCACGCACUCUCUCCUAUAGGCGAUUAACAUUGCCAUCAAGAACAACAAAAUCUCAACAGGACUCGUUUCCCUUCAAUGCCGCUUUGAAGGCCUCAGUCACUUUGGCGUCGCUCUUGUACACAUACGGUGCGGUAGGAUAGCUUCGAUCGGUGACCUCGUCUUUAUAUUGCCGGAUCGCGGCCACACCAGCGUCCCAUACGGAACCGUACCUCUUCACGAAUUUCGGCAUGAACGAGUCAGGAGGUCGAACACCCAACAUAUCGAUCUGGACCAGGACUUGGCCGCUCGUCUUGUUUCCAGCACCGAUACCGAUGGUCGGAAUGACCAAGGCAUUGGUUACUUCCUCUGCAACAUCGGGGGGUACACAUUCAAGCACCAGCAUGAACGCACCAGCAUCUUGAACGGCUUUUGCGUCUUCAUACAAAGCCAUGGCUUUGCCUGGGGUGUUCCCUUGAACUCGGAACCCGCCUAGGGCGUGCUGUCGUUGCGGUGUCAAACCGAUAUGUGCACACACGGAAAUUCCAGCCGUGGUUAUCUUUUUGAUCUGAGGGGCCAUCUCGGCACCGCCUUCCAACUUGACACUCUGCAUUCGACCUUCUUUGACCAUGCGAAUGGCGCUGGCGAGGGCUUGCUCGGGGCUGAUUUCGUAGGAGCCCAUGGGAAGAUCACCGACGGUGAAGGAUCGGUUGACGGCUCGGCUGACGGCUCGGGCAGACAUGAUCAUUUCGUCGAGUGUGAUUUCGGACGUGUCUGGCAUGCCGAGGGACACCAUGGCCAGGGAGUCACCCACCAGCACCAUGUCCAUGCCGGCUUCUUGUGCCAUGAGGGCCGAGGGGAAAUUAUGGGCGGUGAGCAUCGUGAUUGGAGACUUGUCGGCGUACAUUUUCUGUAGAGUCUGAAUGGUGACCGGCUUCUGUCCUCUGGCGAGUAGAGCGG